AACGGCUGCAUAGGCGGCCCGCCAUGCUGGGCACAGCCGGGCAGACCCCUGGAGCCCUCUCGCUGCCGCCGCCCGGUACCCUCCGCGGCCUCUACGCCUGGCUGGACCGACUCCCGCUCAGCCGCCCCAAGCGCCAUCUAGCUCGGGACUUCAGCGACGGCGUGAUGCUGGCGGAGAUCGUCAAGCACUUCCACCCCCGGCUCGUGGACCUGCACAACUACACCCCCACCUGCAACACGGAUCAGAAGCUCAGCAACUGGCAUGUUCUCAACAGGAAAGUCUUGCACAAGCUGAGCUUCUAUGUCUCAGAGACGGAUAUCCGCAAGGUAGUGGCCAACAGGCCUGGGGCUAUCGAGCCCAUUCUCUGUGCUCUGCGGGAAAAGAUAGAGAGUGGCGCUGCCCAUAUAGACCUGCGUGCUGCAACGCCCCGCAUAUACCCCCACCAUUUGCUCACUGACCCCCACCCACUACUGGAGAGUCUGCCUGAGGACCAUAGCAGGAGGGUUGGCCGCAGGAACGUAUGGCUCUUCUGCUUGACAUCUUACUUCACAACAUUUAAAGUCUGCAGGAUCAGGACCCUUUGGCGUGGACACCCUCCAGCCCCAGGUGGACCUCGCCACCAACACACACACUGGCCGGCCAAGAUCCAUGGCUCUCUCCAGCAGGAAGACCACUCAGGAUGGGAGCGCUCCAGGGAAGCUGGGCCACUGUGCCUGUGGAGGGUGGGUCUCUGUCUCUCCAACUUUCUGCCCUGCCCCAUCUGUCUCUCCAACCUUUUGCCAUGCCCCCAUGCCCUGUCUCCUGUCCUUGCCAUCUUCUUUGGGGCUCCAGACCAGUGGUCUCUUUCAGUUGGGACCCAGCUGGCGGGCCCUGGGAGCAUCCAGACCCCAGGACCCAGCAGCUUUUGGAGGAACAGGAACAGGCACUGGCUGUCCUGCAGGAAAUGGUCAAGGUACGGGCAUCCCAGGCUGCUGGACACCCAUGAGAUUUUGCAGAUGAAAGUUGUCAGGCUGGAGCACCUGGUGCAGCUGAAGGACCGGCAGAUUGCAGAGCUCACGAGGCCCAGGCGUGAGGAGCACAGAGGGCCACCGGGAGGAGCCCCCUAGCCUGAGUCAGCCAGACCCUGAGCCUCCCUCAGAACUGUGGCAUGCUUCCAGGUGCAGCCAAGCACUCACUGUCUGGCACAAGUGCGCUCCAGGGUCCUGCCAGGUGGAGACAGUUUAGACUCAAAGACUUCCAUGUGGUUCUCUCACGCCCUGGGAAGUCUCAUCAUUGCAUUUGUGAUCAUGCGAGACUGGGUGUGUGUGGUGUCUGGUAUCAUGGCGGGGGCUGGAAGCGCCGUGGUCAGCCACAUGGCCCCAGUGGGGCUAGCCCAGAAACACCCCAGCCAUUCUGAGCUCUGUGGAGGAUUCUGUAGAAAAGGCUGGCUAGGAAGUGGAGGCGUCACCUGAGCCCAGUCCAUCUUCUCUACUGAAGGAGGAUGUGAGGAGCUGGGCGAGCAGCUGGUCACCUGGUUUGCUCCAGAGGUUUUGGGGGUCAGGGUACACUAGGAUCUGGGACCUUCUGGCUGCUGCGAAGUCUCCCGCAACUGGCCCUCCUGCUAUGGCUUUCACACCAGGGACUGGACCCCACCAGUUUUCCCAGAGGCCCUUAAUCCUCUGGGCAGUGGCUUUGGUGUGUAGGAUACCUCAGGUGCUGAGGGUGGCUGGGGAAGGCAGGAGGGGGUGCUCUGUCCCCACAGUCUCCCUGCUCUUGCAUCCAGAGAGUAGGGGAGACAGACUGGACCCUCCCUUAAGGGUCUGCUCUCCCUGGGGCUCCUGGGCCAAAGCCCUGGCCCCUGCAGGACGUACGGAAGGAACGUCAGUGCUAUAAACCUCAGGAGGGUUUCAGAGGUUCCAACAGUCUAUUUUCUACCUGAGUCAGAGGCCAGUUUCACAGGUCCUUAACAUCCCAGUCACUUUGCAACUCAGCAGCCAAGAAGGCAGCUUCCUUAUGACUGUCUUAGUCAGCUUUGGUCAGGUAGCUGGGGCAGCCUGGUUCUUGGAGCCUUUGUCCAGAAGCCAGACUGAGGGCUUCCCACUAGGUUGGGGUGUCCCAGCCCCCAGUAGGGUGAGUCUGUUGCUCUCCUUGGUGUGGGCAUCCUGGGCAGGAGUACAGGGCAUGUUGGGACAUGGGAAUUUUGACUGCAGGUGGCACCUGCUGUUGCCUGGAAUUGGAGUAGGGGUCUGGGGUCUUUCCCAAAUCAUUGUGGUAGGGCAGCGCCUGUGGCUCAAAGGGUUAGGGCGCCGGCCCCAUAUGCCAAGGUAGCGGGUUCAAACCCAGCCCUGGCCAAAAACUGCAAAAAACAAAACAAAAUCAUUGUGAUAACCAUCACAGACAGGCGCCACAGGGCCAGGUGCACAGCUGUGCUCAUAGCUGGGGUGGGAGCAGGAAGUACCUGGGGAGGCCAGAACUGGAGCAGAGGCUGCUGUGCCUAUGUUUCUGUGUGGGGGUGGGGGUAUGCAUGUGUGCUAGCCUGUGGCUGCACUAGUGCGUAGGGUAGGUGCUUCGGGUUCCAGCACCCCCUCCUGUUGGCAGCCUGCUCCAGCCUACUUGGGCCAGGGGAUGGAUGGAAGGCCACCUAGGUGGGAUCUGCAUCCCCAAUUGCACAGGCCCUUGGAGACCUCUACAGGCACCAGCAAGAGCUGUAUCCUUGGCUUGGUGCCUGUGGCUCAAGUAGCUAAGGCGCCAGCUACAUACACCUGAGCUGGCGGAUUCAAAUCCAGCUCGGGCUGCCAAACAAUGAUGGCUCUCACCAAGAAAUAGCUGGGUGUUGUGGCAGGCACUUGGCAGCUACUUGGGAGGCGGAGGCAGGAGAAUCGCUUGAGCCCAGGAGCUGGAGGUUGCUGUGAGCUGUGAUGCCACAGCACUCUACCCAGAGCUUGAGGCUGUGUCUCAAAAAGCUGUG